GCGGUAGCUGACUGGUAGCUUGUGCGGAUCCGAGCUAGACUCGGGGGUUUUCUGAAGUCACAACCCCUCACCUCUUCCCUGGCGCUGGCGCUACCCCUCUGCAGCGCCCUGCACCCUUUCUGGUGCCGAUCUGCCUUGUGUCCGGUGCCCUUUGCCGCCUAUCCCGCGAAGCCGGCAUCCUGCCGCACGAUGCCCCAGCUCGGGCUACUGCGCGGGAGGCUCUGGACUGCGCUGCUUGGCCAGUUUCUGCGGCCGCCACGCGCCGUUUGCAGCCGGACUGUGCGUUCUCAUGGCCAGGUUGCAGAGAUGGUAUUGGCAUCCCAACUAAAACCACAUCAAGAGAAAUCAAAUUUUGUUGUCAAGACCCCAAAGGGCACCAGAGAUCUUAGUCCCCAGCAGAUGGUUGUGAGGGAGAAAAUUCUUGAUGUGGUUGUCAGCUGCUUUAAACGUCAUGGAGCAAAGGGGUUGGAUACCCCAGCAUUUGAAUUAAAGGAAACACUCACUGAAAAAUAUGGAGAGGACUCUGGGCUCAUCUAUGACCUGAAGGAUCAGGGUGGAGAGCUGUUGUCCCUGCGCUAUGACCUCACUGUCCCUUUUGCUCGUUAUCUGGCCAUGAAUAAAGUGAAGAAGAUGAAACGCUACCAUGUUGGGAAGGUGUGGCGUCGGGAGAGCCCAACCGUGGUGCAGGGUCGCUUCAGGGAGUUCUGCCAGUGUGAUUUUGACAUUGCUGGUGAGUUUGACCCUAUGAUUCCUGAUGCUGAGUGUUUGAAGAUCAUAUGUGAAAUCUUGAGUGGGUUGCAGCUAGGGGACUUUCUUAUCAAGGUCAGUGAUCGGCGGAUUUUGGAUGGGAUGUUUGCUGUCUGUGGAGUCCCUGAAAGCAAGUUCCAUACCAUUUGCUCCUCAGUUGACAAACUAGGAAAGAUGUCUUGGGAAGAUGUGAGAUAUGAGAUGGUGGUAAAGAAAGGCCUGGCUCCUGAAGUGGCUGAUCGAAUUGGGGACUAUGUCCAAUGUCAUGGUGGAGUGUCCCUGCUGACGCAGAUGUUCCAGGACCCUAAACUCUCUCGGAACAAGCAGGCUGUAGAGGGCCUUAAUGAUCUGAAGCUGCUGUUUGAAUACCUGACUUUGUUUGGCGUUGCUGAGAAGAUCUCCUUUGACCUAAGCCUGGCUCGGGGCCUGGACUACUAUACAGGAGUGAUCUAUGAAGCAGUGCUACUGCCAUCCCCUGCUCAGCCUGAGGAAGAGCCCCUGAAUGUGGGCAGUGUUGCUGCUGGAGGGCGCUACGAUGGCCUGGUGGGCAUGUUUGGCCACAAGGUGCCGUGUGUGGGGCUCAGCGUUGGAGUAGAGCGAAUCUUCUCCAUCAUGGAGCAGAGAAUGAAUAUGUUUGGUGAGAAGAUACGGACCACAGAGACACAGGUGUUUGUGGCAACACCACAGAAGAACUUUCUUCAGGAACGGUUGAAGCUAAUUACAGAGCUUUGGGAUGCUGGGAUCAAGGCAGAGCUGCUAUAUAAGGAAAACCCUAGACUACUAACCCAACUACACUACUGUGAGAAUGCUGGCAUUCCAUGGGUGGUGAUUGUUGGUGAGAAAGAACUGAAGGAAGGGAUCAUCACACUCCGAUCAGUGGCCAACAGGAAGGAGGUGUACAUUAAACGGGAAAAUCUUGUGGCUGAAAUUCAGAAACGACUGUUUGAGUCUUGAUCCUCCCAUGAUUGCCAUCUGCAUCUCUGUGGAAAAGUCUUCAUCCGGGGCUGAGUUCCUGAUGGACUUCACAACUGCAGGAUAGAGACAAGUGCCUUCUGUUUCCUCCACUUUGCCUGGGUACAGAACUGUGAGACAAUGACAACUCCCCGACUACUGUGAAGAGCUGUUCUGUGUGGGUGCAGAUGACUUGAUGUGAAAGAGACUUGCUCUGACUUCAAAGCCAGAUGGCAAAUUUGAAGUGCCAUUGAAUGACACCAAGGGGUGCUGAAGUGAUUGCUGUGAGAAAGGCUCUGAGAAAACCCGGCCGAGAGGAUUCUGAACCAUUGUGAUACUUGCACUAUAGCCUCUGGGCCAGAUUCCAGAGGAAUUUAUCCACAACCUGCAUUGUCUUGUCCAGGAAUUUUUGGGAGACAGCAAGGAGUAAUGACUGUUUUCCGCAUUGAGGAGAGACACGCCACCCCAAGGGCAGAGCAGUGUCCACACUGAUGUGGCUUCUCUCUAACCUAUUCACUGUUAACGAUAGCAGGGUGAGGCUAUCUGUUUAAUAAUUCUGAAUGUUGAACUUAAUAAGUGAACAGGGAAGGUGGAGUUCUGAAUUUUUGAGCUUUUGGAGAUUAUUUCCUGUGUCAGAUUCACUUUUGAGACUUCCAUAUCCUGCUAAUGAGGUGGAUAUUCUAGAAGUGGCUGGUUAAUAUGUUAAAUAAAGUGUUAAAUGUA